UGAAUCACUUUUAUAGUUUCUACGAAACUCAAGGGCUGAGACGAAAAAUGGCGCCUUGCUACGUAUUCAUUGGUCAGCCCUAGCAUCUGACACCAAUGCUUUUCCAAUCCCUAGCAAGCCCAGAGGGGGCUAUAAAGGUGUCUUUUGGCAAGAAAGCAGGCAAAAGAGAAAUUCUGGUUCUCAACACUGAUUGCGUCAUCAGAGGGUAGGGAAGAAAACAGGGAGUUAUUACCAAAGAACAAAGGGUUCCUUUAUCUCCACAGUAUAUCUUCAGGAUGGGAGUCCUGCUGAUACCUUGGUGACAAAGAUCAACUUAGUACAGCAAAGGGAGGUGGUGCAAGCAAACUGUGUUCACUGGAGGAAGAAGUUCUCGUUUAUGUGCAAAAUGAGUGCCAGUGCCACCACGGGCAUCCUCGAUCCUUGCAUCUACAGAGUAUCUGUGAGGAAGGAAUUAAAAGGUGGAAAAGCUUAUGCAAAGCUGGGCUUUGCAGAUCUAAACCUGGCAGAGUUUGCUGGAUCAGGAAAUACCACGCGUCGCUGUUUACUGGAAGGCUAUGAUACCAAAAAUACAAGACAGGAUAACUCCAUUCUUAAAGUUUUGAUCAGUAUGCAGCUGAUGUCUGGGGACCCAUGCUUUAAAACGCCUCCUUCUACAUCAAUGUCUAUACCGAUUGCUGGUGAAUCUGAAUCUCUGGAAGAAGAUAGAAAAGGUGGAGAGACUCUCAAAAUCCAUCUUGGAAUAGCAGAUCUGUCAGCAAAGAGUGCCUCUGUUCCAGACGAACUUGGUGCCUGUGGACAUUCUAGAACAUCAAGCUAUGCGAGCCAGCAGUCAAAAGUAUCAGGGUACAGCACAUGCCACUCCCGGUCAUCCAGCUUCUCUGAGCUCUGCCACAGGAGAAAUACCUCCGUGGGAAGUACGUCAACAGGAGUUGAAAGUAUUCUAGAACCGUGUGAUGAAAUUGAACAAAAAAUAGCUGAACCAACUGUCGAUACAGCUGAUAAAGAGGAUACAGCUUCAGAAAUACUCAACAGAUGCCCAGUGAAACAAGAUUCUGUAGAGUCUCAGCUGAAGCGAGUUGAUGACACCAGAGUGGAUGCAGAUGAUAUUGUGGAGAAAAUACUACAAAGUCAAGACUUUAGCCUAGAUUCUAGUGCAGAAGAAGAAGGACUGAGGUUAUUUGUGGGUCCUGGGGGGCGUGCAACCUUUGGCAGUCGGCAUCUUCCAAACAGGAUGGGGUCUGGAGCUUAUGAACAAGUUGUGAUCAAACGCUAGAAGUCAAGCUGGUGAACUGAAGCCUCCCUGUGGGUUUAAGAUGUGGGCAAUUCAGUAAUCAAGGCACUUUACUCAAGUACUUAUGAGAAAAUGAACCUAUUAAAAAAAAUGAAGCACGUUCUUCUAUCAGGAGGAAAGCCAAGGGGCUGGCCCCCUGGCCAAGUGGUUAAGUUCCUGCGUUCUGCUUUGGCAGCUCAGGGUUUCGCUGGUUCGGAUCCUGGGCACGGACUUAGCACCACUCAUCAAGCCAUGCUGAGGCGG